GUUCGGCCUGCGCAGGCGUAGUAGGAAUCAAAAUGCCCAGAUAUUGUUUGUUUGGAGAUACAGUUAAUACUGCGUCAAGGAUGGAAUCAAAUGGGGAAGCAUUGAAGAUACAUAUCAGUCCUGCAACAAAACAUCUUCUCGACAAUCUUGGUGGAUAUUACAUUGAAGAAAGAGGAGAAGUUUUCCUUAAGGGAAAGGGUACAUGGAUAACGUAUUGGCUUAUUGGCUCAUCCAUWCAACCAAGGAAAAGUGGCAGAUCACAAGUUGCCAAGGAAACCAAAGUAAAAGAUGAAACUACAAAAGUUCAAAGAAAAAACAGUCAUUGGGAUAUUGUCAAAAAUCUGCUUCCCAAGAUUGUCAAGUCAGGGAGGAAGGGUGGAUUACCACCUAUAAAUGCAGCCAACGGUCAUAUCUUGGCAGAACUUACUCCCAUCAAUACUUGAACCUUGUAAAAAUGUCUCUUAGUGUCAGGAUUGCAAUGGUAAAAACAAGUGAUUUUUAUCAUUUCAACAAGUGGAUGCCGCCAAACAACUAACGAUAAGUACAUACUAGAUCAAAUGGUGAAUAAUUUCCAAGAAUUGAGAAGCUUAACCCCUUUUCGAAAAUUAUGAUAAAUAUAGAUACAUAUAUAAAGAAUACUUUUCAUGAAUGCUUGAGUUAUAUCAUAGAAAGGUUAGUCAUCCCAUUAAAGCACUUUAUGAUAUCUUUAACACAUACGAAAUAUAAAAUUCUCAUAUUUUUUUUAAAUWGGUGUAUACAAAGGUAUAGUCAUAUUCUAUCAAACAUAUACUGAUAAACGUAUAUCAAUCAUAGAUAGAUAGAUGUAUACUUACUUAGUUUAUGUUCUUUAUACAUAAUAUACACUGAUGAAGAAAUAAUCAAUAUACAUACUGUAACCCCAGUAUAAUGCAUACCUGUAAAUACGAAUAAAGUGACUUCUAAAAUCC